UUAGACAGUGAUGUGAUGCAUAAUACCUUGGCGGGAAUAGCCGAGCUUGGUCGAGUGGCUACGAAUUACGGUGUCGAUGCGUAUCGCAAAGUACGGUCCGGGCAAAUUAUGAGUAACAAAUACACCAGACCAGACGAUGUGGUCGGAGAAAAGGCUGAAUUUAUCGAUGAAAAAGCUGGGUGCUAUGCUUGCAAGCAGCCCUGGGACUGGACCAGGCGGCAGCAUCACUGUCGCAACUGCGGACAUGGGUUUUGCUAUAUUGACCUCGACAACGAAGACUUCGUGCCGGCGUACGGCUAUUCGGAUUCAAAUCUCACCUGCGACGCUUGCCAUAUCGCGAUACGAAUGGACGCCUACAGAAAACGCAUCCGAUUCCGUCACGAACGGCUUGACUCUUACUAUAAAGACGAGCUCAAACCCUACGCCACAGAGAUAGACGAUCGAGCCAUGGACAAGUUCCUACGUGGCGCGUACUUCUCUCUACAGGCUGCCAAGGUCGUGCCGGGUAUAUCCCAGGCCGCUCAAGCCAUUGAUUUCUUCCUGACAAAAGGUGGUGUUACCGUGAGUCAGUUGGUAUCGCACUCACAGUUCUCGGAGACAUCGGCGCUGGUCAAACAACUGACAGGGUCACUGACUGAGAAUGUGCCCAUGACAGAGCUCGUGGGCGGCAUGUACUACCUCUCGGCCAAGAAAUAUUGGGAGAGAGGAGUUAAUCCAGAACAGGAGUUCGAGAAUCAUAAAGACAACAAAGAUAUCGAGCAAGACACUUGGGACAAGUUGCUAACCAUGGCCCCUCAUGCUCUGAUGUUCAGUUAUCUGGAUAACGAGGCAGAUGUCGAGCGCAUGGUCAAUUCCCUCGGGCACGACCUAAUCUUCUCGGAGCCCAUUGCGAGCCACACACAGCCAGCGCUAUAUCUUUCAGUGCAUAGGGAUAGUAAGAAGGCUUAUUUGGCUAUACGAGGUACCUACAACAACGAUGAUGUGCUGACUGAUUUGAUGGUGGACGGCACCACAUGGCCCCCACGGUUGGACUUUGUGACGCAGACUAUGACUACGGGCGAGGUUGAGUCCGACACGACCCAGGCAGAACAGAAAGCGGCCCGUGAAAAUGACACCUGCAUCACGCACCUGGGCGUGACCAAAUCCGCUGUGUGGAUGUAUCAAGAAACGCACGAGGUUUUACGAAAUCUGCACGACCAAGGCUAUCAGAUAUAUGUCACGGGGCACUCCCUGGGUGCCGGUUGCGGGACUCUGCUGACGAUGUUGCUGUAUGAUAACGGCGUUUCAAACAUCCACUGCUAUGGCUUCGGCAGUCCGGCGAUUGUGACGCGUGACUUGGCAGAGAAGUACGAUCACCUGAUCACGUCGUUGGUGUUCCAUGAUGAUAUGGUUCCGAGACUGAGCCACCAAAACGCUGUGAACAUGGUGAAGGAGGUAAUUCAAGAGGGAGACCAAUGGCGCGAGACCUUUGCUCACGAUGUACUGGCUUAUAAGCACCGAGCAAAGGAGAUUUGGCGUCCAAGGCGACGAGCAUGGGCAGUAUUGCGAAGCGAAACGCACGCGAAUCUGCUGCGGGAGAAGAAAGAAGCGGAGGAGAAGCCUGGGUGGUUCACGUCAAUCAAACAGUUGGUGAAGCCUGAGGAAGUCAAGCCCGGAGAUAGUAAGAAACAGGGUGCCACGUCGUCGGCCACGUCGGCGUCUGUCUCCCAGCGGGUUUCACAGAAGGCGGAGAAGGGUAAAUUGAACGAAAGAGAAGCGGCUAAGAAGAAGAAGACGGAGAGUGUACAAGUGGAUGAGGGUCAGAGUGGAGUGCCAAAAGUCAAGGAUGGCGGAGUUGCCGCUAAAAAACCGACAGAGAAGCCUACAGAGGAACAAGGCUUCCUGGCGUCGUUAUGGGGUGGUUUCACGAGCAAUUUCGAUCUCUCUUCAACAUCCGCGUCCACUAAGCCGAAGGCAAAGAGCAAACCUAGUGCCGUACAAACGAAGGCCAAUAAUACAAGCAGCACAACUGGGUCUAGUGCAACCAGUAAGGAGACGCAGACCGCAGUGGGGGUCAAAGUAACGGUAGAGACCACACAGGUGACGAAGGAUGCUGAAGGGGCUGUGCAAGAGACGGAGACCGUGAAAACUCAGGCAGUACAGGAGAGUGUGGCGCAACCUAAAGCUGUGCGAGUGUGUGAUGUGUGCGAAUACACGAACAAGGCCGACCAGGCGCUGGGUACGAUAAUCCGGCAAAAUUCGUCUUAUAUGGCAACCCAGGCGAGGAAAGACUUGGGUGUAGAUGGUUCUAACAGCGACCCUUCCCCAGAGGAUGUGCCCUCCUCUUCUCCGCAGUAG